AUGAAUAACCGAGACUUUAGAGAAGAGGGUCCGUACCUCAAGAACUAUUUCGAUACUGACCCACGAUUCGAAUUUGUAGGUCUGUUGGGAACUGGAGCCUCAGGCGGAGCUUCACGCGUGAAGUACAACGACCCGGAUAACCAGUCAUUCAACAAUUUCAUAGUAAAAAGAGCAUCCGCACGUGGACUUGAUCAGAGAGCCUUACAGGCAGAAGAGCAACAUAUUAGGUCUAUGGCCGGUGCCAUGCAUAUAGUGCAGGUUCUCGCUUUCCAAAACAACCCUCUGGAGGUGAUAAAAUCCCUUAUAGCUAUGUCCUGGCCUGAGAACAUCAAUGCAUCGGAACAGGUUAGCGAGACAAUACCAGCAGAUGGCAGGGGAGAUUGGUGGAUUCUGCAUAACGACCUACAUGAAGAUAACAUUAUGCUUGGGGAUGUUCUUGUUGAUGACGAGCAUAGAAUCACACCACGGUUGAAAGUAAUCGACUUUGGUGCGUCUAUAAGAGUCAACUCAUCAAACCGUACACGCUCUUGGAGAGACCUUGCAGCCGUGGGAGAGUUGAUGUUAAGUCUAAUUCUUCUCAUUUCGCUGCCUAUUCUCGAGCAUGGAGAGCAUAACGUUGCUAUGUUUCAGCCGAGCCCCAAUGAGGAUGAAGUAGAGACUCAAGCGAUCGAACUUGUUCCGCUCUCUGGGGAUGAAGAUGAACAGCCGUGGCUUGACCCGGAUUUAAAGUUGCUUGUUUGUAAGUGUUUGCGAACGGAUAAAAACCUCCCGAGUUUGAGGGACCUCGACCUUGAGAUAUCGGCUGCUGUACGCGAGAGAGAUGCAGCAUUCUAUGAGGACGAUCCAGAGGAACAAGAUGCAUUCAUUGAGAAGCUCUGGCAUGAUAUCGUCCACUUCAGCGGUGACCCUGGUAAUCCUCUUGAAGACGAUGAUGACGAUGAUGACGAUCCAUCUGCCGACGACGACGACCCUAAUUUUUUCGACUGGGAUAAUUUCAAGAUGUGA